AUGGCCUCUACUCUUCAACCCAUCGACCUUAGACAGCGCAUCGAAACCACAACCCGAGCUUUCCUCUCAGCGUUCGAAGAAGGUUCCACUCUCCAAGAUGCCUCUCUCAUAAACCGCGAUGUCACAGCCUCUUGCACGCGGCACAUGCUCCCCGCCUCCAUCCUAUCCUCUUUCUCCUUACCACCAGCCUUCGCAUUCUCGACCACAGCUUUCCAAGAGGUCUUUGCCAAGGACAUCACAGUAUUGAAAUUCGCCAGCAAUGAGCUUUCGAAUUUGGUCAUCGAUACCGAGGCACGAAGAGCGGCGUUCACAUCGAAAGCGGAAGUGCACACGGAUGCCGGGGAAGUGUAUUCGGCCGAACAAGCUUGGAUUCUAAGCUUCACCGAGGAUGGAAGCAAGAUUGAAAAGGUGGUGGAGUUUUGCGACAAGGAUGUCGUGUUGAGAAUGGCGGGUGCGAGUGCUUGA